CCGAGGCAGGGUGACCCAAAAAGAAAAUCCCCAAAAAGAAAACACUUUCAUCAUCAUUCAACACUUUCACCUCACACAUGAUCACUGUUUUUGCAGAGGUGCCCAGAAUACAACAGUUUGGAAGUAUAUGCGUAUAAAAAUACACAAUAUAUCCCUCCAAACUGCCAAUAUCUCAAGCCCCUCCUUUAGAGUGCAGACAUUGUACUUCCCAUUUCAAGGACUCAAGUCCAGUUAUAUAAAAUAACCGGUUUCCCUGAAUCCCUUCAUUAAAUAUUACCCUGCUCACACUCCAACAGCUCAUCAGGUCCCAAAUACCAUUUGUCUCCAUUCACUCCUAUCUAACACGCUCAUGCACGCUUGCUGGAAGUCCAAACCCCUCGCCCACAACACCUCCUUUACCCCCUCCCUCCAACCUUUUCGAGGACGACCCCUAUAAUAAAAAGCCAGACUUAAGCCAUAUUAAAAUGCACACAGGAGAGAAACCAUAUAAGUGUUCAGAGUUUCUAAAGGCCUUUUCACAUAAAUCGAGUCUUAAUAAACAUGAGAGGAUUCAUACAGGAGACAAACCCUAUCAGUGCUCAGAGUGUCUUAAGGGAUUUUCACAAAAGGCACAUUUAGACACCCACUUAAGUGUUCAUGCAGGUGGCAAACCAUAUCAGUGUUCAGAGUGCCUAAAGGCUUUUUCACGAAAAUCAAAUCUAAUAACUCACCGGCGAGUUCAUACUGGUGACAAACCAUUUCAGUGUUCAGAGUGCCUAAAAGCCUUUUCAAAUAAAUCAAGUCUCACUAAACAUGAGAGGAUUCAUACAGGUGACAAACCAUUUCAAUGUUCGGUGUGCCUAAAAGCUUUUUCAAAUAAAUCUGGCCUCGCUAAACAUAAGAGAAUUCAUACAGGUGACAAACCACAUCAGUGUUCAGAAUGCCUAAAGUCUUUUUUACAUAAAUCAAGUCUCAAUAAUCAUGAGAGCAUUCAUACAGGACAUAAACCAUUUCAAUGUUCAGAGUGCUUAAAGGCCUUUUCAAGUAAAUCAGGUCUUAGUAAACAUGAAAGAGUUCAUACUGGUGACAAACCAUAUCACUGUUCAGAAUGUUUGAAGGGCUUUUCACAAAAAUCAAGUCUAAUAGAUCACCUACGAGUUCAUACAGGUGACAAACCAUAUCACUGUUCAGAAUGUCUAAAGUGCUUUUCACGAAACUCGAGUUUAAUACAUCACCGGAGAGUUCAUACUGGUGACAAACCAUAUCAGUGUUCAGAGUGUCUUAAGGGCUUUUCACAAAAAUCAAGUUUAAUACAUCAUCUAAGAGUUCAUACAGGAGAGACACCAUUUCAAUGUUCAGUGUGCCUAAAGGCCUUCUCACAAAAAUCACAAUUAAGCACCCAUAUGAGAGUUCAUACAGGUGACAAACCGUACCAGUGUUCAGAGUGCUUUAAGGCCUUUUCUGAUAAAUCAAGUCGAAAUAAACAUGAGAUGGCUCAUAAAGGGGAAAAACCACAUCAGUGUUCAGAGUGUCUAAAAGCCUUUUCAGUAAAAUCCUAUCUAAUAGACCAUUUGAAAGUUCAUACACAUGAUAAACCAUAUCAGUGUUCAGUGUGUCCAAAAGCCUUUAAACAUAAAUCAAAUUUAAGUAAACAUGAGAGAGUUCAUACAGGUAACAAACCAUACCAGUGUUCAGAGUGCCUAAAGGUUUUUUCCUACAAAUCAAGUCUAAAUAAACACAAGAUAGCUCAUAAAGGUGAAAAACCACAUCAGUGUUAGUGUCUAAAAGCGUUUUCAGUAAAAUCAAAUCUGAUAGAUCAUUUGAGAAUUCUUAAAGGCAACAGACUAUAUCAGUGUUCAGUAUGCAUAAAGGCCUUUUCAAAUAAAUCGAAUCUGAAUAAACCACAUCAAUGUUCAUAGUGUCUAAAAGGCCUUUUUAAGAAAAAUAGUCUAAUAGAUCGCCCGAGAGUGCAUGUACUAAACAAACCAUAUCUUCUCAGAGUUCAUUAAAAUCUUUUCCCUCAAAUCGAGUCUAAUACAGCACCUGAGAAUUCAUACAGGAGACAAGUAAACUACAUCAGUGUAGAAGCCAUAUUAAUGUUUAAUGUCUCAAGAUUUUAAAAGUAUAUCUUUAACAUAACUGUAAAAAUGUAAUUAAAUUUUUAUUCCAAACAA